CGCGCACGCAAGCAAACCAAACCAAACCAAACCAAGCGAGCGCACUGAGAAUGGCGGCCGACGGAGGCUGUGUUUUUUCUUCAUCAGCGCCGACGCUGCCGUGCUCCUUCUCGCCGAAAUCGCGGCACUACCUCGCCGUGUGCGCGCAGGACGGCCGCUUGCGGAUCUGGAACGCCGACUCGCGCGCGCUGCACCGGGAAUACGUGCCUUCCGCGCAUCUCAGCGCCACUUGUACUUGCAUCGCCUGGGGACCAUGCCGAGCGACCAAGGAGGGGCCUCAGAGGAAGAAGAGGAAGUCGGAGGCAGGUCCGGCGUCGGCUCAGCAGGUGGAUCUGCUGGCUCUGGGUACAGCAGCGGGCACCGUCCUCAUCUACAGCACAGUGAAGGGAGAUCUCCACUGCACUCUGGAUGGAGGGCACAGUGGAAGUGUGAACAGCGUCCAGUGGCACCCAGAAGAGUCUGUUCUGUACAGCGGCUCAGACGACACACACAUCGUAGAGUGGGACCUGAAGACGGGCAAAACCCGCUGUAAAUGGAAAGCGGAUCGAGCGGCCGUGACGAGUCUGUGUGUGAGUCCUGAUGGCAAACUCCUGCUCUCUGCUGGAAUGACCAUCAAAAUGUGGGACCUGGAGACCAAGGAGGUGUACAGGAGGUUCACAGGUCACUCAACCACAGUAACGACCCUGUGCUUCGCCACGACCCGACCUCCGGACAGCGACGGCCUCUAUUUCCUGUCUGGAGCGGCUCACGACAGACUGCUCAGCGUGUGGCAGGUACGGUCUGACGGCAAAGACAAGAACUCUGUGGUGUCGUUCACGCUGACAGACGAACCCCAGCACAUUGACCUGCAAACGUCCAACAGCAAAGAUGAGGCGGUGCGGUUAGCGGUGGUGUGUAAGGACGGCCAGCUGCAUCUCUUCGAACACUUUCUCAACGGGCCGUGUAAGAAGCCGCUGUCCCCAGUGUGCUCGGUGCAGAUGUCGAGCGGAGGUUCUGGUGAAGGUGCCACCCCGAUGCCCAUCCCCCUGCUGGCUGCCGCUCUGUGUUCAGACAGACAGAGCGUCAUGCUGGCGUACGGGAGCCACCUCCAACCCGUCACCGAGAAAACCACCAUCAACACAUCAGAGAGGCACGUGUGUCUGAUCCGAGACGUGCACACGACGCUGUCGCUUUCUGUCGAUGCUGCAGUCACAAAGGUAAAGACGCCCAUCGUGAACGAAAAGAAGAGCAAAAUUUUAAUACCGGGACUUCCUGGGCAUCAAGCGCCAAUCAAAGCCGCUCCCAGCCAAUCAGAGAAGAGGAAGAAGGAAGUGAUUCCUACAGAGAUGUCGAUAGAAGAGCGCUUGGAGCAGAUCGAGCUGAACACAUCCGGCAGUAAAGGAGGGAGUAAAGGAGCUUCGGCUUCGCUCCAGACAGACAACUUUGCCGUUCUGCUCGUCCAAGGCCUUGAGAGCAAAGACCAGAAGAUCCUCAAUAAAAUCUUUCAAAUAAAGAAGGAAAUCUUGAUUAGGAACACGGUGGCUCGGUUGCCUCCUCCGGCUGUCCUGCCUCUCGUGGAGGAACUGUCGAGAAGGCUGCAAGGACAUCCGUUUGUGGGGAUUCUUAUCGUACAGUGGCUGAAGGCCGUGUUGACGCAGCACACGUCGUACUUGUCAUCGCUCCCCGACCUGAUGUCCCAGUUGGGGGCGCUCUACCACAUGAUCGAGAGCCGGGUGAAGCUGUACCAGCAGCUGACGAGACUCCACGGCAAACUCUACCUCCUCAUGACGCAGGUGGCGACAAGCAACCGUUCCCACAAAGUAGCCGGUGUGAAUCGCAAAGCCAAACUGGUGUAUGAGGAAGAGUCCUCCGAUGAAGACUCUGGAGACGAGGGACGGCCUGAGGACGACUCUGAUAGCUGGGCAGAGGAAGAGGAGGAGGACAAGGAGGAAGAAAUGGACGUGACUGAGGACAAAGAGAACCACGCAGAUGAGGAAAGCGACGAAGACGGGAAGGACGAAUCCAAAGCGAAUGGUGAUUCGGACUUAGACCCUGAGAGCGAAGAGGAAUGAAACGAUUGGAAAAAAAAAAAGCAGCAGCUUGGAAAAUUUAUAUAGUAUAUGUUUUAUUUUUUCCCUGUUUUCAUUUUAUUGUUAAAAAAAAAAAUCACAAAAAGCCUGUUUUAUAGAGUUCCGAUGUGUCAUGGACUGAAAGUGGUAGAAUCCCAAGAGGACCACCAGGGCGGCGACAUUCACAGGAUGGGAAGCGAACACAGCGGGAAUGCUUGUCUCAAUGCCAUUUUACUCACUCGACCUUUGACCCCCAGACUGGCUCGUUGAUUCGUCCAUCUGGUUUUUUUUGUUUGUUUUUUUUUGUUCCUAUGGCGAUGUGGUAACAGUGUACAACUCCUUUAGGAUUUAUUCUCCAGGCUUGUCUGGUGUAGCCCUUUCUUAUAUAAAAUAUUAUACAAACACUCUCACAGUUUUAAGGUUACAUUUCUAAAAAAAAUUAAAAAUGUACGCCCCAAAAUGAGGAAUGUACUUUCACUUUUUCCUCCAUUUGUGUGGAAAUCAGUGUUAUGUUGAUACAAUCCUGAAAUCCUUCUCUUAACUUUGUGAGCUUUGGCUGCUGAGUUAUGCAAAAAAAAAAAAGUGAUGGUUAACUUGAGGACAAGUUAUAUCCAGUGUGUGACGUUUACAUCAUAAAAUACAUCUGAUCUGAUAUCGGACUGAUGCAUCCCAAAUGUACAGGGAGUUCGUUAUUUAGUUUUUCUUUCAGGGGAAUUUUGUUCCUUUUGUUUGGUUGUAAAUCAGGAUUAAUCCAGAAUGGGAAUUGGUUCCUGAGCAAAUACAUUUAAGCCAAAUUGGGUUUAAUUGCAAGCUUCCACCCCAAAAAUGACUGACACUGUGACGACCUGUGUCUCACUGCAUUUUUUUUUAAGUGUAUAACGUCGCAGCAGCUUUUUCACCCCCAGCCUUUUCACAUUUCCGUGAAUUUCGUCUUUGUUUCUCUGAAUCACUCCUCAUUUCUUUUAUUUUAAUGCCCCCCAUACAAACCUCCACACCCACCCCAACACUCCCCAUCAGCCCUGCAGUGUUGAAUUGUGUCCGCUUCUUCAAAUGACGGUUUGAGAGUGAAGGAUGAUGUGAAUGUUGCUUAGUUCAGUGAAUAAUAAGUCUCUGAGACUCGAACUCAGAAAAGUUGGUUGCUUCGGGGGGGAAUUUGUCAACCGUAACCUUUUUUUUUCAAUGCAAGCAGUAUAUAUCGACGACUGUUGUACAGUUGAAAUGAAAUAAAUUCCUUUUUGUUCUCAGAAA